GAUUUCAAUGAUCCCUUCAGUACUGAAGUUAAGCCAAGAAUCCUGCUCAUGGGAUUGAGAAGAAGUGGGAAGUCUUCCAUUCAGAAAGUUGUCUUUCACAAAAUGUCGCCGAAUGAGACCCUUUUCCUGGAGAGCACAAACAAGAUCUGCAGAGAGGAUGUUUCCAACAGCUCCUUUGUCAACUUUCAGAUAUGGGAUUUUCCUGGGCAAAUUGACUUCUUUGACCCUACCUUUGACUAUGAGAUGAUUUUCAGAGGCACUGGAGCACUGAUAUUUGUUAUUGAUUCUCAGGAUGAUUAUAUGGAAGCAUUAGCUCGGCUGCAUCUUACUGUGACCAGAGCCUAUAAAGUGAAUCCGGAUAUCAACUUCGAAAUCUUUAUCCAUAAAGUGGAUGGUUUAUCUGAUGAUCACAAGAUUGAAACACAGAGAGAUAUUCACCAGAGGGCAAAUGAUGACCUUGCAGAUGCUGGAUUGGAGAAGAUUCACCUCAGCUUUUAUCUGACAAGCAUAUAUGAUCAUUCUAUAUUUGAAGCGUUUAGCAAAGUGGUACAGAAACUGAUUCCACAGCUCCCAACACUGGAAAACCUGCUUAACAUCUUUAUUUCAAAUUCCGGGAUUGAAAAAGCAUUUUUAUUUGAUGUGGUCAGUAAGAUCUAUAUUGCAACGGACAGUACCCCCGUGGACAUGCAAACUUACGAGCUCUGCUGCGAUAUGAUCGAUGUUGUGAUUGACAUUUCUUGUAUAUAUGGGCUUAAAGAUGAUGGCACUGGAACUCCUUAUGACAAAGAAUCAAUGGCAAUCAUAAAAUUGAACAAUACGACUGUCCUUUAUUUAAAAGAGGUGACAAAAUUCCUUGCUCUUGUUUGUUUUGUCAGAGAAGAAAGCUUCGAGAGAAAAGGAUUAAUAGACUACAAUUUCCAUUGUUUUCGAAAAGCCAUACAAGAAGUAUUUGAAGUCAGAAUGAAAGUAGUAAGAUCUCGAAAACAUCAAAGCCACAUGCAAAAAAAUAAAAGACCCACUCCCAAUGGGACACCAAGGAUGCCACUGUAACUGGGGUUUUCUGGCGCUGUGGCAAGCAGAGAUUUUGGGAAGUUGAUGUGACUUCUGCAUCUCAUUGCACUGAGUGAAGAAGAAAACAAAUGGGACUGAUGUAUUAUAUGAAUUUUCCCUGAACGUUCAGAAAGCACUGUUUAAAUAUUUUUAUCCAAUCAGUUUUUUUUUCAUAUAGUGAGCACUUUGAGCAAAAUGUUGUAUAUAUAAGCAUUGAGGUGAACACUUGUAAGAAUUUUCUUAAUAUAUGCUGUAAACCUUUUUCAUGCCAUAUUAAGAAAGAACAGCUGUGACAGAAAUACUGGGUACAUAAUUUGCACUUUUUCAUGUUUUCCUUGUGGAGUUGGACUUUGAUAAACUUAGUUUUUAUGGUGAUUUUGAUGCAUGGUGUCAGGUAAAAUGUAUGCUGUAGUUUAUUUACCUGCUACAAUCAAAUUGGUUAGUAAACAAUUAAGAAAACUUGGUACAAUGCCUUUUAAAAUUUGUGACAGCUAAUACCUAACAUUCAUACAGAUCUAAUUUCGUAUAUUUUUCAAUUUGUAAACUGAAGACUAAUUUUGAAGUAUUGCAGCAAUAAGCACCUUACCAGGGAUCAUAACUGGUAGGUUAAUAUUAGCUUUUAUAAAACAGGCUUUUGGCCAAAUUUCAUCCGGAGUUCUCCAUAACACUGGUCGUGCCCUCCGUUGGGUCUCUUUUUAUUAUUUACCUCAGCAUAUGCCACUAAAAUACCUUUCUAUAAAGAGAAUUGUUUUGUAAAAUGGCUCUAUGUUGCACUGGUAUUUUUGUAAGGCUUCAGGAAGAGGGUGUUGUAGCUGAAACGUUGAAUUUACAUUGCUAAGGUUGUUCUGGGAGCCUGCACAUCUGCAGUCGGCGCAGCGAGGAAUCUGCAUGGAUUUCCACCCUGACAUCCUGAUGUACAGAUAGGAAGUCCUAAGGAUGUGAGCUCUGGGCUCCGAUUCCCUCUGACAGCAGUACGUCUGUGACUGAAACCAAGAGGAGACCCUUAAAAUGAGGACUGGACAAUCUACCUGCUGCAGUAAUCGGCGUACAUCACUACUUCUUAUUUUAAUAUUGAACACGGGCAGACAUGCUACAGGAUCAGCCAGGACAGCAGAGCACUCUCAAACUUAAAAAAGAAGUAAAACUUAACUUUCUGAGUUCUGUA